AUGGCAGCUUCAAGUAGAGGUAGCAAAGCUGCCGCAGCCCUGUUGCGAAAAGGACAAUCCAGCAUAUGCGCCAGUUGCAGAAAUGCCCAAUUCCGACCGUACUCCGCCGCCGCCGCCGAGGCCGCGGUCGCCGCUGAAGCCCACCACCUGAAGCCGACGGAAUCGCAACCGCACCCGCCCUUCACGGCGUCCCGCCGGGCCGAGUACCGCAUAAAAUCCGGCAUCAUCCUGACGCGGGCGCCGCUGCUGACGCGGGCCCUGACGCCGUUCGAGAACGCCUUCUACUUCUACCAGAAGCGGCUGAACGAGCGGCUAGUCCUGCCGUUCCGGCACACGCUCUUCUUCAAGAAGGACACGGCCGCCGACCUCGACUGGCGCAUCAAGUUCGAGGAGCGCGGCCGCAUCGCCGCCAAGGAGCUCGGGAGGUACUACCCCCAGGGCCGCAACUCGUGGAACGACGAGCUGCUGGUCGGAAGCACGCUGAGCAGCGAGGAGAGGAUACGCCAGAUCCUGCUCAAGGACGCCGAGAAUCGCGUCACCGAGGACGGCGACGAGGCUGACCCGGAUGAGGUCCUGCCCGUCGAACAGCCCAUGGAUAGAAUCACGGAGGCCGACAAGACAAACGACGUGAGGCGAUUGGACCGCAAGUUGGACAGGACCCUCUACUUGCUUGUUCAGGGUAGUGAUGGGCAAUGGCAAUUUCCUUGUGAGGAUGUGCCCACAGAUGAGCAUUUACACGAGACCGCAGCAAGAGCCUUAGAGUCCGCAGCAGGUGUGAAUAUGAACACCUGGAUAGUGGGCCGCGCACCCGUUGCCCACAUCGUCACACACCCCGAGUUCGACGAGAACUCGGCCCUCAAGCGGAAAGGUGAGAAGAUAUUCUUCCUGAAGGGAAGAAUCAUGGCCGGCCAGGCGGACCUGAAGGAUAACAAGUUCGGGCUCCAAGACUUCAACUGGCUGACGAAGGAGGAGCUGAAAGAGAAGCUACCAGAGAAGUACUUCCACGCCGUAAGAAAUAUGAUGGCGGAUCGGUAG